UUUAAAAAUAAAUGAUGUUUUUCUACAAAAAGAGACAGGAAUGGUUUAAAGAUCAUACGGAAUCAUUAAUCAUAAUUUCUUCUAAUAUGAUUUUCAAUGCCCAAUACAUGCUAAAAUUCAAACUCUAUGCUUAAUAUCGACGUGCAAAAAGUGUGCAAUCUUGCUGGAAAUAUAAACAUACAACAAGGCAGCGGGAAGUUUGAAAUGAAAUAACAGCAUUAAAUACCUUAAUGAAUAAUAAUUAUAUUUCAUAUAUAUUACAAUGGAAAACCAGCUUAAUUCAACAGUGGUUAUUGACGAAUUGAAUAAUACUCUUAAUGGUACAGUUGGUUACAGUUUGGGCACGUUUAUAAACCCGUUCAACAAAAUACAUAUCAAAGUAACAUUUUGCUUUUUGUACUCUGUGAUAUUCAUGUGCUGUGUAUUUGGUAAUUCUUUGGUCCUUUACAUCAUUGUGAAAAAUGCACGAAUGAGAACCCGUACCAAUUUCUUCCUGGCAAAUCUUGCAGUGGCAGAUUUUUGCGUUGGGGUCUUUUGCAUCUUCCCAAACUUGUCGACAUAUUUUUCACCUGUUUGGCAUCUUGGAAAGGUAAUGUGUAAAUUGUACUACUUUGUUCACUACAUGAGUUUGACGGUGCCUGUAUUGCUUCUUACAGUAAUUUCAGUGGAACGAUACAUAGCUGUACUGUAUCCUUUGAAGGCCAAGCAGAUGUUCACAUUUAGACGGCUGAAGAUCUUGCAAGCAAUUAUCUGGUUAUUCUUAAUUAUCUAUAACUCUCCUCAACUUGUGGACUAUGACACAUUUGUUAUUGGCAACAACACUUAUUGCUACAUACGUUCUGACAGUAUCAACACCAAUGCGUAUGUCCUAGCUAACCUUGUCAUUUGGUACACUAUUCCAUUAUCAGUGCUUACAUUCAUGUACGUCAAAAUUGCUGCUGUACUUUGGCAAAGCAGCAGUUCUAAAAACUUUGUUUUGAAUACUAGUUCUCAGACUUACAGAAAAUGUGUUAGCGGAAAAAGUGGUUCUUCAAACCAAAAAGAGAAUCAAAACUAUUAUUCUCAUUCCUGCAGAGAAAUGAACGACAGAAAGUACGACAAUCAAAAUAAAGAAUUUGUGUGUUCUGGUUAUAAAGAUAUUUCUUUGGAUAGAGAUAAAUGCAAAGUAACUUUAUCAAACAGAGAACCCUAUUUAGAAAGUGAAUGCAUGUCGGAAUGCGAAGGUGAAACCGAUUGUGGGAGUAACACCGAUAUUUACUCAAUAGACAGUCUAAAUAGCGCUGGUUCAUCGAUGAAAGGACACAUAAGUAACAGAAACAGCCUUCAAAGAGUGACUCUUGUUAAAGAAACUUUAAGGCACAACAAUAUUUCGAGUCAGAUAUGCCCUGAACAGCAUCAUCAAAAGAAUUAUCCACGAGUUACUACACAGAAAGCGAUCCAAGCCCGAAGAAAAGUCAUCAUUCUUCUUGUAAUGAUAAUUGGUUCAUUCGCUGUAUUAGCUCUUCCCUAUCAUAUCAGAUCUUGUUUAUACUUGUGGGCAGACACGCAAUCUCUUGGAAGUCUAUUUUCUCCAAUAUGUUAUUUACUUUAUUAUGCAAACAGUGGUUUAAACCCUCUCCUCUAUGCGCUGGUCUCUGAUAAUUUCAGAAAGAGUUUUAAAGACACUUUUAUUUGUCGUGGUAAUCGUCGUACGAAAAAAUAAUCUGAAAACGUACAAAUAAUGUUGUCAUCGUCGUUGGUUUUGUUGUUUCAUUCUCGGUUAACUUUUAUUGACCCGAUUUACCAUCAGAUACUUUCCAUUGAUAAAAAUGGCUGGAAUACAUUUGUGUGCAGCAACAUGUCACUGAAUUUGUCUCCUGUUCUCAUUAAAUUAUUAAACGUUUAUCUCUACAUAUACUUUGAAAUAUAGAAAAAAAAAU